ACACACACACACACACACACACACACACACACACAGUCAAACAUGGCGAAACUCUUUGCCAUCAUACCGCCACCCUCACCCUCACCAUCAUCCGCUUUAUCGCUAUCACCGUCAUUAUCUUCACUACUAUCAACACCAUUAUCUCCGGUACCGUGAUGACCCGGGAGGAUGGAGAAGUUGUCGGCGAGCCUGUCGGAGAUCACUUGGAGCCCGUUGGCGCUGCCGCUGGAUGCGGUGGUCAGCAAGUUCCGUCUGCCCACUCUGGUGCGCCUCGCCCACGGUGAAUGUGUGGAGGGUCUGUCCGAGGAGGAUGUGGUGCUUUUACAUUCCUGUCGUCAGUGGACCACAGUGACCGCCCACAGCUUAGAGGAGGGACAUUACGUCAUCGGACCCAAGAUUGACAUCCCUCUGCAGUACCAGGGGAAGUUCAAGUUGUUGGAUGAGGACCGAGACGUCAGGGAUCCGGUCCAGUAUUUUGCCAGUGUGGAGGAAGUUGCUGGAGUCUUCCCUGACAGGGUCUUUGUCAUGGAGACGAUCACUUUCAGCGUCAAGGUGGUCUCAGGCGAGUUCAGCGAGGACAGCGAGCCCUACAGCUUCACUCUGCAGGCUGGAGAUGAGCUGUCACUCAUGGGGAAGGCAGAGCUUCUCUGUGCCACGCCCUCCAAGGAAAAGACGGGACUGAGCGCGCUGCUGAGACGCCUGGGGAAGACCCCUCGAAGUAAAACUCCCUGCCUGGUCUGCAUGAACCACCGCACCAAUCAGAGCGUCAGCCUGCCCUUUGGCUGUCGUGGACGCUUUUGCACACGCUCCCCUCUUGAGCAAGGCAUGCUGGGAGGAGAGCACACGGUACGCAGCAUAAUCGAGAGGGUCCGCCUCCCCGUCAACGUCUCUGUGCCUUCACGACCCCCGCGCAACACCUACGACCGCCACGCUGUCCGAGAGGGCCACCGCUACAAGCUGCUCAACAUCGUCAGCAAGACGGUGGUGCUCUGCAUGGUGCUGCGCCACCAGGAAGUCUCCCCCUCGCACUUCCUGCUGCUGCGCUGCAUGCCCCGCUUCAACGUGGCCGAGGCCUCGCUCCACACGGCGGCGCUGGAGAGUCUUCUCUUGCGGCACUCCUUCGACCCGGAUGCUUACUCUCGCGCCGUGAGAGAAACCCGACCAGAGCUGGAGUGUAUGACGGAGGAGUGUGUGAGCCCGCGGCGGUCUCGCAUGUGCGUGUCGGGUCAGGACUCGUUAGCGCCAGCACUGCAGCGCCUCUCCAUGUGCGGGUACGGGGGCGGGGUUUCAGACAGCCUAUCGCAGCGCUGCAGGGACUCUCUCGGGGAGCGGUUGGGGGAGGGGCCAGGUGAGGAGCGGGAGUAUAUGACUCCCGAGUGGACUGAUGCAGAAAUGAGGACCAGUGAGGAAAUCCCUUAUGAGGAACUUUGGACCAAUCAGAACCCAGAGAGCUUGGGGAAGGAGCCAAACCUCAUCUCCUUCCACUCGUCUUCUUCUUUAGAUGGCACUCUUGGUACCGUGCUAACAAGAGUGUCCACGCCGCCACCCGUACCUCCAAAAUCUGAUGCUGUGAGAGAGGAGUGUCGCUACUUGAUCGCCCCUCCCGUUCCCCCUCGCUGCUCUAAAGGAGGCUCCAUCUCCAGCCCAGCCCCCAGCCCCCCUGUCCCACCUCGCUUCCCCAAAGCCUCCACCUCCCCAAGACCCAACCUCUCCUUCUACUCCUCGGGACUUCAGGACAGCUGCUCGCCCUCUCCGGAUGCGUCCCUCUACUGUUACCCGUGCUCCUGGGCCGACUGCCCCGCCCCAAACCCCGCCAGUCCCGAGCCCAUCUCUGCUCUCCCUGCAGACAGCACAGCCAAUCCACAGCCGGCACAGGCCGCCUGGGCGGAGCCGUGGGUGGACUCUUUUACCUCCUCUGGACCUCGACUGAGGCCGCCUCCGCAGAGCCGGUUCGCUCCCUUCGGGGCGUUAAACCCCUUCAACCGCCAGUCCCCCUGCCCCUCACCUGAGCCCACCGCCAACCCAACAACAGAUUCUUCCAGAGGCGCAGAAGGGGGUGGGACAUCCACAGGAAUAACUGAGGGCCUGUCCACGCCCCCUGAUCCCACCUGGCGUCCUCCUUCUGACCUCUCUGUGCUGUCAUUGGAGGAAGUGUCUGCCUGCCUUCGCUUCAUCGGCCUAUCAGAGGCAGCAGUGGGCGUGUUCCAGAGGGAGCGGAUCGAUGGCAGCCUCCUGGUGCAGCUAACCGAGGACAUCCUGUCACAGGACUUCCACCUGAGCCGACUCCAUGUCACUAAGAUCUCACAGUUCAUACAGGGCUGGAGGCCGAAGAUUUAAAACACACACACACACACACACACACACACACACACACACACACACACACACAGUCCUGAAAAUGUGCCUGUUGGCUGCUGAGCCGUCCUGAAUGUGCCUUCCACUGUGACCAAGCGACUGCUGAGCCCCUGUGACUCAAGCUGACACUUUGCUGAAGGAAACAACGCCACCCUGUGGUCAAAAAACCUUGAAUAUUGGCUUCAUACCACAAGUUUAUAAAAAAGACUGUUUGAAUCACACACUGGGACUACUAGGUUUACUAACAAAUGGCUAAAACAAAAUGUUAUAUGUUGAAAGUUUUCUAUUUAAAUUUGUUUUUCGGGGCAGAAAGUCAAGAAUUAGUUCAUCCUCACGCUUCAGCUGGAGAUUUAAGCUCCAUAUGGAUUAGUGUGGCCUUCAGCACAUGAAAUCUGAUACGAGGGAAAACAUGCCUUCAGUUUUAAUAAAGAAUUUCUGAAGCUGUAGUGGACAUGCAGCCAUACAAUAUAUUUUACUCAAUUUACCCGUGAUAAUGUUUAAUCCUGGUUGUUUUCUCGAGAUUUUCAUUUAAUUCAUUUGUCAUGACGAGGUUUCAACGCUGGUUUUCCCGCUCAUUCAUUCAUUCAUUUCAGUUGUUUUUACAAAUCUCAACUUGUUUUUUCUUUAUCUCGGGAUAAAAAGCUGAUUUUAUCCCCCCAUUACAAUUAAUUAAUUCAUCUCAUUAUCUCAAAAUAACAGGGCUUGUUUUGUCGUGAUAACAGGAUAAUUUUCUGGAGACCUAGAACACUAACAGGCUGGUCUCUGUGAUUGGACGGACCAUGACAUGCUGCCAUGCCAACACUAAUCUAUAGCCGUUUUCACAUACAUACUCACUCGUCACUACCCUUCCUAUUGGCUCGAAGUGAAUUCUCUGGAGAAUAUCGUUCUCACAUAAGUUUUCUCUCGGACUUGCUGCGGAAAAAAUACUGUACUAGGGGUCUGGCAGGAGAAACUCCGGGUGAAGUUUCUGCUGUUUGCAUUCACACAUGCAGCUCCUCCUGGUAAUAUCAGGAGUUUUUCGGGAGUUUUCUGCAAGUGUGAAAGCCCUAUAAGUUAAUGUUUUAACUUCUCCAACUCUGCAGGUAUGAGACAAAUAGGAUGAGAUCUCGAGUAAACAACAGGAAAUGACUCUAAUCGCUGUAAAACAGAGUGAAUUAAAUGCUGAUGCAUUUUGGCUUGGGGCUUCUGCAUAAAACACUGAAUGAUGUAAAAAAGUUUUUACACUCGACUACUGUGAGGGCUACAUUUUUAUUAUGCAAUAGAGGGGCCAUUAGAGGAUUUAAAGCGUUUAUCACCAAUCAGUUUAUGGAACAUCACUGAACCCGCUCUGUCUGAAUUUGUCUCAUUAGUCGUUUUCACACAUGCACCGCUUGAAAUUCAUCAGAAACUUAAGGCAGACCACCCCUGACAUAUUGCUGUUGUUUGUUCAAACAUGCACCUCAUACUGACUGGACGGGAGGCGCGCGGGGGGGUCUCAGGAAGUAAAACAUGAUGUUAAAAGAAUGACGUGGAAGUGGCAGAUGACGUUACAGAGUCCGACACAGCAAGGAGAGUAUUCAUCUUUAUAUCAAUGCUAUGUGUAGUUCAUUUACAAUAUCAACAAAGAGCAGAGAAGAACAUACCGGUGAAUAGAAAACAAUUUCACCAGUCGCAUGCACACAGUCUAUGGUCUUGCACCUGUUGCAGGAUACUUCCUCACCUCAUCCCAUCUCAUCCCACCACCUCAAUUUGAAGUGAAAAAAAGUCUGGCUGUUUGUGUUCGUACAUGCAGCUCAACCUGGAAAUUUCAAGAAGUGUUCGAGAGUUUUGUGCAAGUAUGAAAGCAAAAUAAAAGAGCGUUUUUUUUUGUUUUUUUUAAAGAUAAUGAAACAAUAGUUGUUUUUAUCUGAAAAAAAAAGAACAAAAAACACAGAAAGUAAGAAGCAACCAGUCAAGAAUUGAGUGAGACCUGGUACUGAUCACUAACUAAACCCUCGCUGGAAAAAAAACGUUCUACUGUAUCAAGUUUGUGCUUUUGAGAUGGUUUAAUUGUUAUUAACAUUCCCUCAAAUGGAAACACAACAUGUCCUCCUGAGGUGUUGCCGUACUAUAAUAGAACUUUUCCACUGCCUCAGAAAUAGAUUUUUUUUAAAGUGUACCUCAGAUCACACGUUGAUGUUUGCCUGAUUUAGCCAUGCAUUAUUAUAAUAAAUGAAAUUACAAGUCAUGUGUAUGUAAAGCUGAUUGCUGUUGUGAUGACUGCUUCAAAGUAAAAAAAACAUCCAGAAAUA